GCAGCAGACCCUACAACAGUUGUCCUCUGUUGUCUUCUAUGCAGAUUGGGAUUCUUGUUCCAGUCUGGAUACAGGCAGGGAUUACCACACCUGUCCCUGAACUGAGGGCACCUCACAUCCCUUGUAGGGUGGGAUGGUCAUGGCUCAUGGCCAAAAAAUUCUCCAUAUGAGGACCACAAUCAUAGCUAUAUUAGCAACGUAACACCACUGCAAUAGCGAGAAUUGAUGGGAAAGGAGCGAGAUGACGCACAUUUAAAAAUCGGCAGAAGGUUGGGGAUUAAACCCUCAUGGUGACCAGAUGGGAUUACGAUGCCCAGCUGAUGGCAGGAGAACUGCUGAGAAGAUAUUGGCCCCAAGAGAAGCCUGUAGAAUCCUCAAACUAAGGGAUCUACUUGGACCUCCAGCCAACUGCAUUUCCUAAUCGGACAGCCUGUUAUAGAAAACAAGGAUGGACCCAGUGCUGCCUCCCAUCACACCUUCCUUCCUGCUUUGUUCUUCCUGUAGGUGAAGCACAGAAUGGGCGGGGAAGAGAAGGUCAGCCUCCCCUUAUCAAUCCUGGACCAUCUAUUUUUCCAUGGAUCAGCCACCGGGCUCCUCACAGCCUCCACGGGCAGCUUGGCAGAGGAGGAGGAGAAUCUGUCCCAGGUGAGAUGCAAUGGUAUCCUACGGGAAGCGCCUGGCCUGCCUUCUUGUUGCAGGUGCUGUCUACCCAGCCGUCUUUCUGCUCUCGGUCCUUAUCCAGUACAUAGGAACCGUGUUUCCUCCUGGGAUCGAUCAACCCCUGAAGGCCCGCAUCUUCCAGACGAUCUUCAUCACAGUGUUAAUUAUGGGAAUUGUUUUAGAGGAGCUCGGUUUGUGCCGCCUCCUUGAUGUCUUACGGCUUUCGACUAAUGGAGUACCUCCAUGUAGGGAUCCAUCCCUUGUCAUUCAGAAUCGGAAAUUUGAUGGGGUGCCAGUGAGGAUCUACUCAUCCAAAACGGUGCCAACUACAAAAAGAAAAGCUGUGCUUUACUUCCAUGGAGGAGCGGGCGUUCUUGGAAGCAUUGAUGCCUAUGAAAGAACCCUGCGCCACAUGGCCAAAGAGGGGGAUGUGACGGUGGUAGCGGUUGGGUAUGGACUUGGGCCAGAGAAUCCUUAUCCAAACCAGUAUACUGAAUGUCUGAAGGCUGCCAUCUACCUCAUGGAACACGCAGAAGGUUAUGGCGUAGACAGUUCCCGUAUCAUCAUUUCUGGAGACAGUUGUGGAGCUAAUUUUGCCACACGCAUUUGCCAGUUACUGGUAGACCGCAGAGACCUUCCCAAGAUCCAUGCUCAAGCACUGAUCUACCCAGGACUUCAGGCCAUGGAUUUGUCUUUGCCAUCCUAUCAGCAGAACUGCAGAAGUCCUCUCUUGUGGAGAAAACUGGUCGCCUACUUUUGCUGCCGUUACCUUAACAAGUCAACUUCCUUUAUAAAUGACUUUCUGAAGAGCAGCCAUGUCCCCAAGGCCACCCAACUAAAGUACCAGAAGUGGGUGAAUGCCAACAACAUCCCCGAACGGUUCAAAGUCAGGGGCUACACAGAACAAGACCACUCUUUCUCCAAUUUUAACCCUCAGCUGUACGAAGAAAUGAAAGAGAUACUCUCAGAGACUUUUUCCCCUUUGCUGGCCGAAGAUGCAGUCGUCUGCCAGCUCCCUCAGACCUUCCUUUUGACCUGCGAGUUUGAUGUCCUUCGAGACGACGGGCUGCUGUACAUGAAGCGGCUGAUGGACAAUGGUGUCCCAGUAACCUGGAGCCAUGUGGAGAAUGGCAUGCAUGGAAUAAUGCCCCUUUUUGGCUAUGGCAUCCUGUCUUUUCCUUCAGCGAAAAGGGUCGUCCAUGAUGUCACCGAUUUUAUCAGACGCUUGUGAGGCCAAUAGAGAGGCAUCAGCUUUUCAUCUUGUUCCUGAAGCGCAGAGAAUUUGGUGACCCAGACUUGUGCUCCCCUUAGGAAAAACUGCUUACCUGCUGGUCAAUCAACCCUGGAUGGAGAGGGGAGGUCCUCCACACAAGAGUGUAGCUCUUAAGAUCAUAAGGACUUCCUGGCUCAGAAGAACUCUUGAAGAAGAUGGCCACCCAGCUGCUUCUCAAGGCAGAGGCCCCUAUAAUAGUGACAGAGGUUGUGCCAAUGAUCCCCACCAUCAACACCCUGAUCUGAAGUGUGUGUGUGUGUGUGUGUGUGUGUGCCAGCCAGGGAGGGACUGUGCCUGGAAAAGCAGGACCUUCAUACCCGGGACCCUCAGCCACUCCUGACAAAAGAAGUGCAGGAAGACUCACUUCUCCCACAGGCAAUUUCAGAAUGAGAAUCAAAGGAACUUCGUGUGUGUGUCUGUGUGUGAAUUCAUUCCUUUCAGUGGAACCCCAAGCUCCACUCCAAAGGGACCCACAGGGGAAAUCCGACUCUCUUGCGUCCAGGGGUACUGAGCAAGGGCUGAUGGAGGCAGGGCUCUGGGAGGCCACGUGGUGCAACUGCAGAAAUGCGAGAGGCCCUGUGCUGACUUCUCAGCCCGGGAGCAUUGUAAUUAUGCCAAUCAGAGCAUGGCCUCAGCUUCUCUGCCAGCAUCAGAUGCCUAUGGCAGUGACUCAGCUGGGAGAGAAAGGGCAUGCCAGGAAGCAGAUUGGCUUGGAGAAGAGACGGCCUCUCCGACACCUCAAGGAGGUAAACCAACAACUCCACAAGGAUCCAUUGGCCUCCCCUGAGAAGGCGCUCCAUUCACCCUGCUCACAAGGGAAGGGCUCCUCUGAUCAGCAGCGGCCCUUCUCAGCUCACCCUCCCCUCCUUCUGCUUCCCUACCCACCAAAACAUAUGUCGAGGCUCAGCAUCUGAGGUGCCACCUAUCGAUAGUAACUAUGUUUGGAUCGCAGCCAAUUCAGGAAAGGCGGGCUGCAUUGUUUUCACAACCAGGAACAGCAGUUCACCUAUUCCACAGGAUACCGAAGGGUCGUGGGCCUCGGGGAACCCAACCGCAGCCACGUCAAGGAAAGAGGCUCCCUCAACCUCCAGACUCCCAGGGGAUGUUCCGGUCUGAGGGCUGACCAAACGACAGCAGUCAAGGCUGUUAUGGACCUUCCAGCUCUGCUUUUGGCCUGGGCCAGUUAUGAUGACCUCCCCCAGACAGAGAUUCCUCUGUGGACUGACCAGCCUGUGCAGCUCUCCCUCCUUCACUGGAAGAUAAUGAUCCCUCCCUCUCUGGGAGGGUUUGGAAAUAUCUUUUCCCCCCCAUGUCUAUGCCGGUGCUAGUUAGAUGGGCUCCCUUGGGUGAGGGCUUAUGGUGGCUUGUGUCCUUCUCUGCACCAACAAAACAUAAGAUGAAAUGAUAUUAAGAGAUAUUUAAGAGAGAGGAGUCGUCCAAUUAUAUCAGAUCUAACUAAAGAAAUACUAAACGGGAAAAUAAUAAUGACAGCUGAGUUGAAAAGGGCAAUACAAAAACAAAAAAAUAACAAAACUCCAAGCCCAGACAUAAUCCUGGGUGAAUUUUAUAAGGUAUUUCAAGAAUUAUUAGAUAAUUUACUAUUACAAACAUAUAAUGAAGUAUUAGAGAAUGCAAAGAUACCAAAAUCCUGGAUGGAAGCUUUAAUAACACUUAUCCCCAAAAGCAAUACCGAAAAACAGAAGAUUCAGAAUUACAGGCCAAUCUCGCUGUUAAAUGCCGAUUAUAAAAUAUUUAUGGCCAAAAUAGAAGAGAGGAUUAAAAGUAUAUUAAACAAUUUUUUAAAAUCAGAUCAAAAUGGUUUUUUGCCCAACAGAUACAUCAAAACUAACAUGAGAACCAUCAUAAAUGUACGUACUUGAAUAUUAUGAAGCCCACCCAGAUAAGCAAGUAGCUCUGAUAUUCUUAGACACGCAGAAAGCUUUCGAUAACUUGAAUUGGGACUUUAUGAUCAACCAAUUAAUAGAAAUGAAUUGGGGGGGAAACUUUAUAGAAAUGAUUAGAGCAAUUUAGCGAGCAAAAAUAAUUAUAAAUGGUGAAUAUACGGAAAGCUUCAAUACAGAAAAAGGAGUACGACAGGGAUGCCCUCUGUUCCCCCUAUUAUUUAUUCUCUCCAUAGAAAUAUUAAUGCCACAAAUUAGAGAGAAUUCAGAAAUAAAAGGAUUAAAAAUUAAAUCACAGGAAUACAAAGUCCAAACAUUUUUUUUAUUUUUUUUAUUUUAAUUUAUAUCCCGCCCUUCUCCGAAGACUCAGGGCGGCUUACACAGUGAUAAGCAAUAGUCUUCAUCCAUUUGUAUAUUAUAUACAAAGUCAACUUUUAUUGCCCCCAACAAUCUGGGUCCUCAUUUUAUCUACCUUAUAAAGGAUGGAAGGCCGAGUCAACCUUGGGCCUGGUGGGACUUGAACUUGCAGUAAUUGCAAGCAGCUGUGUUAAUAACAGACAGACUUAGUCUGCUGAGCCACCAGAGGCCCCCUUUGCCGAUGAUCUGGUAUUCAUUAUUGAGGAGCCCCUAGAAUCUGGACAAUUAUUAUUUGAAGACAUAAACCAAUUUGGCAAAGUGGCAGGGCUCAAAAUAAACAAGGACAAAACUAAAAUUUUGAUCAAAAAUCUAACAUAUAAACGGAUUGAGAAAUUAGAGGAGAACAUGGGGAUUUCGAGAGUCAAAAAGAUUAAAUAUUUAGGGAUACAGAUAUCAGCAAAAUGCACCACAAUAAAAAAAGAUAACUAUGACACAUUUACAAAAAA